AUGUCUGUAAGAUUAGAAGCCGAUGAACGUGAUCAAAGUUUACGUGAAUUAGUUGAAAAUGGUUGGACAUUGAAUGAUGUUCAAGAUACCAUUAAUAAAACAUUUAAAUUUGAUGAUUUCAAUAGUGCGUUUGGAUUUAUGACAAGAGUUGCACUUUUAGCAGAAAAAUUAAAACAUCAUCCAGAAUGGACAAAUAUUUAUAAUAAAGUUGAUGUCAAAUUAACUACACACGAUUUAAAAGCUUUGUCAAAAUCUGAUGUCCAAAUGGCGUUAUUUAUGGAUCAUAUUUAUGUAACCAUCGGUGAUUGA